AUGGCUAGUGAAUUUGUUGACCAGUUUGCUUCACAAGUUAAGGAACAUUCUAUUUCAGUAAACUGCUGGUGCCGACCCAAUGAAAGAGCUGAUGUUAUUUUUAUAUUCGAAGAAUCGUACAGCACAGGGGAAUAUCCUAAUGUGGCUCCCACGGAGUGGAACCACCAAAAGAAUUUCUUGUCCAAGUUAGUGAACCAAAUGUAUAUAGACUCAGACAAUGGAAUAAGAGUGGGCGCUGUGACAUAUAAUACGGAUCCAACGUGGCGUUUUGAUCUCAACACGUACACCAGUAAGAACGAGAUUGUGAUUGCUAUUACAAGCAUAUCAACUGACAGGCGGUCGAAUCUGUACGAAAACGACACCGACUACUCCGACAAGGCUCUGGAGUAUGCGUACACUAACAUGUUCCAAGCAGAUAAAGGGGACAGACCUGACGCCCCCAACUAUUACAUCUAUACGUCAGACUCCCUUUUCUCUGCAGACGAUCCAUACUCAAAAGUCCAUAUCAUAAGAAAUGCUGGAGAUAACUACGUCUGGGCUAUCGGGGUCAAGGAUGCUGCCUCCCAAACCAAAUUGUCUCAGUCCGUGGGGGCGGACGGGAGGUACUUCACAGGGUCCAGUUUUAGCGCUAUAAAUACAGAUGACUUCGCCAAAAAGAUGUGGGAGGCAUUCAGUGGGUGUCCAAUCACAGAUCCAGCCAUUGGAAAAUAUUACUGCUUCCGGGUUCCUCUCCUGUAUUUUGAGGAACCAAGUUCAGCUUCUGCAGUCACAGAAACCUGUGAGCAGGAUACAGGAAUGAUGUUCCUGAUGCAGGAUUCCCUGUUUGAGAUAAAUUGCUGUGGUAUAAUAACGGCGUGGGAGUUCUAUCCUUGUGCUGUUGGAAUCGUCCAGUUUAUGGUUUGGUCUCAGAAAUCAGGAACAAUUUAUGAACUCAAGGCCAUACAGGAAGUGGAGAUCAUAGACUCUGACCUCCAAGGAAAUGUAAAAGCGUUAAAUUACACUGUUCCCGAGGAUCAGCGUAUUGCUAUUAUAGCCGGGGACAGGAUUGGAUGGAGGGUCUCCGAGAGAAACAUUAUAUCAUACCGAGCUUGCACAUACUCAACCGACAGAUUUUGUCCUCAAAAUAUAUACCGUACUCAAUACAAAGAUAACCCGUAUGAAUACAUGUUGUUUGAUUGGUCAGAAAGUUUAGCCAAUGCAAGUUCGUCAACAGUUGAGAAGUUGUCGGAGAGAGGAUAUACUAUCAAAGUGUACGCCAACAACAAUACACAGGUGUCCUUCGAGGAAUCGAUGUACUUGACUUCUGCUGCUGACCACUGGCCGGUAGGAACAAGUUUUUCCUCCUAUUCCAUCCUAGGUCAAGAUUACAAAGAAAAUGUCACUGUGUCUUGGGCACUGAAAAACGAUUAUAUUGACCUUAAUGAGUCAUUCAGUUUUACACAAGUAGCACGACAGCUGGAACCGUCUGAGAGUCCCGAAGGUUUGGCAGGAUACCUGGCGAAGUUAAAGGUGGUGGAUACUUGUCGAAAUACAGCUACGACAACCUUCAGUGUAGAGACAUUUAAUGGGCCGCCAAUCAUUACCAAUUUCCCCAAAGAAAUGUCAUUACCGGAAACACAGGGCGGAAGUGAGCUGGUUUACAAGGUGGCGGUGUAUGACCCCACAGUGCCCCCUGAUGCCGUCUGCUGUACAUUAGAAAGUGUUCGUCCUCAGACACUUAACUUUGAAAUAAAACUCAUCAAUGGGACGGAAUUCGUCAUCUUUACAUAUGAAAAGCCAAUUUUUGCCUACCGUGACGUUAAUUCCUACAUGUUGUCCGUGUGUUGUGAGGACGGAUUUGGAACGGUCAAAGGCGUUUUAAAAAUUGACAUCACGGAGGUUAAAGAAAAAGAAUUUUACACUCCCCCUACCUGGUUCUAUACCUCGGUGAUCGCCAGUCUCCUGCCCAUCUCCACUAUGUACAUGAUCAGCUGCUUCCUGAUGAAUUACACCAUGUUCUUCGUGGACUGAAAAUAAAGAACUAGAUUUUUAUAGUGUACCUUUAUGUGAAGAAAACAAUAAAAAAGUGUUUUAUAGACAAUUAUU